AAAACCUGUCUGACAAAGCACACACACUUUCCCUGACUCCGUCCAAUUUUAAAACUCGCAUCGAUCGUCGGAUUUUGCAUUCCCGCCGCCCCUUCUCUCUCUUCCACCACCAUUUUCUCUCUCCGGGAGCCUUUCCCAGUAAGCAAAAACACUUUUUUUUUUCUUUCAAAACAGUACAUUCAAGAAUCAAAAAGCCCAUUCCUUUAUCCCCAACCGUUUCGAGCUACCCUGCUUUCUCAUCCUCUUUGCGUUUCCGCGAAAUGGCUGUGCCGAAGAGCAGCAGCGGCAAGAAGAAGCGGCAGUCCUACAUUUCAGUGGCGUCUGACAUAGUCAACUCGCCGCUUCAAGCUCUGGUGCUUCUGUCCCCGAAGAAGCAGAAGAGCCCCUCUGUUUCUGCCCGGCUCAGGCGCUUGUUAAGCGGUUUGAGGUUCUGGGUUUGCUUUAUUUUCCUGUUUGGGUUUAUUGGGACGUUGAGAUUGUGGCCCAGCUUUGAGCCCUUGGUGCCUUUCUCGCCAAUCCCGUGUUUCAGCCUUCAAGAGAAGGCUGAGGUGUCCAAUGGGUAUUUGGGUUUGGGAGGGGAAGAUAAGAGUGGGUUCUGGAAACAACCGGAUGGGUUGGGGUAUAGGCCGUGUUUGGAUUUCAGUGAGGAGUAUAAGGAGGUUAGUGCGGCGGGUGUGAAGGAUAGGAGUAAGUAUUUGGUGGUGGUGGUGGCUGGGGGAUUGAAUCAGCAGAGGAAUCAGAUUGUGGAUGCUGUGGUGAUUGCAAGGAUUCUUGGGGCUGCCCUUGUUGUUCCCAUCUUGCAAGUCAAUGUCAUUUGGGGUGAUGAAAGUGAAUUCUCAGAUAUUUUUGACUUGGAUCACUUCAAGAAAGUUUUGGCAGAUGAUGUUAGAAUCAUUUCUUCACUUCCAUCCACACACGUAAUGACAAGGCCAGUGGAGGAGAAGCGUACUCCUCUCCACGCCUCACCUGAAUGGAUUCGCUCGCAUUAUUCAAAACGGCUGAGGAGGGAUGGUGUUCUGUUACUGCGAGGUUUGGACUCGAGGCUCUCUAAGGAUCUUCCUUCUGAUCUUCAAAAACUUCGAUGCAAGGUGGCUUUUCAUGCGUUGAGGUUUGCCCCGUCAAUCUUAGAACUCGGGGACAAGCUUACGGAGAGGAUGAGGAGCAAAGGGCCAUAUCUUGCUCUUCACAUCAGGAUGGAGAAAGAUGUGUGGGUGAGAACGGGGUGUCUUCCUGGUUUGAGUCGUGAGUAUGAUGAGAUGAUUAGCAACGAGAGAAAGCGGAGACCCGAGCUUUUAACUUCAAGAUCAAACAUGAGCUACCACGAGAGAAAGCUUGCUGGUCUUUGUCCUUUAAAUGCAUUUGAGGUUUCUCGGUUGCUUAAAGCUUUGGGGGCUCCAAGGACCGCUAGGAUCUAUUGGGCAGGAGGAAUUCCUUUGGGCGGGAAAGAGGCGUUGUUACCAUUGACAACAGAAUUCCCUCAUUUCUACAACAAGGAAGACCUCGCCUUGCCAGGCGAGCUUGAGCCAUUUGCAAAGAAGGCGUCCCUUAUGGCUGCUAUCGACUACAUAGUUUCCGAGAAGAGCGAUGUGUUCAUGCCAUCUCAUGGCGGGAACAUGGGCCACGCUAUUCAGGGACAUAGGGCAUAUGCAGGCCACAAAAAGACUAUCACACCAAACAAAAGACAGAUGCUCCCACACUUCAUGAACCAUUCCCUCUCUGAACCAGAGUUCAACGCGAUCAUUUUGGACUUGCACCGAGAUUCCUUUGGUCAGCCCGAGCUCAGGAAAGCGGGGAGGGACGUGACAAAGUACCCCGUCCACGAGUGCAUGUGCAACGGUACCUCCCAGCACCACUCUUCCGCCAAAAAGUUAUAAGUCAUAAACUCAUAAUACCCAACAAAGCGACCUGAUCGAUGCAAUAAAGUCUUCAUUGUUUUCGGGCUUCAAUGCUCUUGAAACUAUGGUAUCUAUCUAUAUAAACUUCGAGCCACUGUCACCUCGAGCUGCACUGUUUUCUGGGGACGAUGAUCCUGCCUGUGUUGUCGCGGGUCAGCCCUAAAAUGCAACCAACUUGGCAAAGAUGGUUAUCUGGUGCAGAGUAACAGCUGAAAGUAUAUAGAGUUGAGAGCUUAUUUUCUUCUCCUUUUGUAUAUGAGAAAUUUCUUGGAGGCUGGAAGAGGAAGGGCAAUAUUGAUCAUUGUUUCUUUUGGCAUACUACACAUGUAUAACACAUAUAUAUAUAUAUAUAUGUAUGUAAAUAUUAGUGAAGUAUACAAAGUUAUGAAGUCUACAUUCUCUUAUUCUAUUUACGUAUUGUGUUGAUAUUUGUAUUUCGCAUAAUGAAAUUAAUUUAGUCGAAUUUCAGUCGAA